AUGGAUACAGAGGAAUGGAUGGGAGAGUGUAUUAAGAAACUCCAAUUUGAAGAUCAGGAGAAGUUAGAGCUGGCUUAUGGUGUCGAAAUUGAAGCAGAUGCCGUGUUUCUUGCUUGUCGCAUCAUCAUGCAAUACCCUGAUGUUUUUCAGUUUGAUAGUAGAGGAGUUGGUGACACCCAGAAGGAAAUUUUUCAAAUUAAGGUGGUUGAGCUUUUAAAGGAAGCUUGUGUAAAAAUGAGGGAUAAAUUUGAGUACUCUAGACAAGAAGAGGAUGAUCUUGAUGUGUUUGAGUACCUGUUGCGUCGAACACUUGUUGAGUUAAAUGAAAUCAAGAAAGAGAGAGAUCCAUCCAUCCAAAAAUGGAGUGAUCGUGUGACAAGGGAACAUGAAGAAUUGAAGGGUACAUGGAACCAGUUGGAGAUGAAGUGGAUGCAGUUACAAACUUCACGGCAGAGAUAUGACAUCAGAGCUCGAGAGGCUCUUUUGUUGGAAAGGAUGCACGAAAGGUUGGUGUUCUGUAUAAAUGAGGCAAGAUUAAAGAAGGUGAACAAUUUCUCUGGGAUGUUGCAAUGGAUUGAUGACCAUGUGACUGAGCUUUUAUAUACAACUCGAAAAGAUUUUAGGCAUGAGCUAACCGUUAGCUCACAUGUUAUUGCGAAGGCAGUGAGCCCCUUGAUUGAUGCUCCACCACCUUGGUUGCUUUCUGAACCACCACUGCUUCAGAACCUUGAACAAAGAAUUGCUAAGAGGGUAAUUGGACAGGAACACGUCCUACAUGCAGUUACUGCUGCUCUGUCAAGGCAGAGGCCUCAGCGACGCCCUAUUGGAUCCUUCCUCUUCAUGUGUGGCUCCGGUCAUGGGAGGACAGAAAUUGCCAAAGCUUUGGCAGAACUACUUUUUGGAGACAAAGACAUGAUAACAGAGUUCGAUCUGGCAAAACACACAGGUCCAAAUUCUCUCUCGCGCCUAAUUGGUGUCCUCUCAAGUCACAUGGAGCCAGGCAUGAAGGGGGAGCUCUCAGAGGCUGUUAAGAAGAGGCCUCUAGGUGUCAUUUUGUUUGACAAUGUUGACAAAGCUCAUGUGUCUGUUAUUGACAUUCUGGCUGAGAUUAUAGGUUCUGGUUAUCUAUUAGAUGGUCAGGGGAACACUGUUGACUUCACUAAAACAUUGGUAAUCAUGACAACAAAUGUUGGAUGUGAUAAAUUCUGGCCAUGGCAUUGCAAAUGUGCAGACGAAGUUCAAAAGUUCCCUGUCAAAGAAGGGUUAUAUGAUGAUGCAUGGGAAACAAAACACAAUUACUGUUAUCUUUCUCUUCUGAGGGAGACAAAACAGCAUUUCAGACCUCAAUUUCUUGAAAAUGUGGAUGAUGUGAUUGCAUUUAGGUCUCUGUCCUUUCAGCAGUUGAAGGCGGUUGCUAGGCUCCAGCUAAGGGACAUUGCCAGCUGCAUGACACAGAAGGGCCUCAUCAUAUACCCAUCUGAAGCUGCAUUAGAUAUUAUCGUGCAGAGGUCAACUUGGCUUGGAGAUAGAAUUAAUGGUGGGGAGAAAAUAAGGAUGUGGCUUGAAGAGAACUUGGUCCCUGUGCUGUUCGAGAAGCUUGCAAAGAAUGGGAUAAAUGAUUUUUCUAUUAUAUAUAUUGAAGCCUCAGUGGAGACAAACCAUUUGUCUUUCAGUUUCAGUUGGGCAAAUUGCAGACAUUCACUUGAAGAACAAGAUGUUAAUCAAUUAGCAUCUUUAAGGGAAUUGAGAUUGAUGUACCGUAAAGAGAAAGAACGGGCAAAGAAUGUCUACAUUCUAAGAAAAAUUCACAACAAAUUAAUCACUAGUGCUAAUGCUGAAUUGGGUCAUGCUAUUGCUGUUGUUCAAGAGCUAAUGGUGGCAGUGGCUGCCUUGAACGAGGAUGAGCUUAGGCAGAACAAGAGGGCUAAAAAGUGA